UAGACGUAAAAUUAUUUCUCUCAAAAAAUAAAAAUGUUCUCUCAGUAAAUUGUUGUGCUUCAGUCAGUUAAGACGUGUUGAGACAUCAGCAAUUUUUUAAAAACAUUUUUUAAUCUUGCAUUCUUUAUAGCUAUUAAAGCAUAAAAUAUGUAUCCAAAUUACCCAAAUCAGCAAAUGCCUUAUCCAGGUCAAGCACCACAAUAUCCCCCAAUGCAAAACAUGCCUGGAUAUCCCCCAAUGCCUGACUAUCAGAACCAACAGCAAAUGCCUGGAUAUCCACCAAUGCAACAACCUAUGCCUGGAUAUCAAAUGCAACAACCUAUGCCUGGAUAUCAAAUGCAACCACCUAUGCCUGGAUACCAAACACAUGCACCAAUACCUGGACAGUAUGGUGAUUUUCAACAACAGCAGCAUGUUCCACAACAAUACGCUCCACAAUAUUCUCAUGGGGCCUCUACUAUGGCUACACCUCAAUCAAGGCCAACGGUUUUAAGAUCUCCAAAUUUUGAUGCCUCGAAUGACGCUGCAAUUUUGCGUAAAGCAAUGAAGGGAUUUGGUACCGAUGAAGCUGCAUUAAUCAAUGUUUUGUGUCGUCGUCCUUGUGAUCAGCGAAUGGAAAUUGUUAGAGCAUAUAAAACAGCAUAUGGAAAAGACUUGAUUGAAAGCAUCAAAAAGGAAACAUCUGGGAAUUUCGAGAAGGUUCUUGUAGCAUUGCUGACACCCAAAGUUCAAUAUUAUUGUGAGGAAAUUAAAGCUGCAAUGGAUGGAGCUGGAACUGAUGAGGAUGUAUUAAUUGAAAUAUUAUGUGGUGGCUUGCCAAAUAGAGAAGUUCAAGCUAUUACAACAGAAUUUAACAGAUUGUAUGGUCAGACAUUGGAAGAAUCAUUGAAAACAGAAACUAGCUGGUCAUUCAAGCGAUUACUAGUUUCCUUAUCAACAGGAAAUCGUGAUGAAUCCAUGAUUACUAAUAUUGAUUCAGCUAGAACUGAUGCUCAGUCAUUGGUUCAUGCUGGCGUUAAAUGCUUCGGAACAGACGAAAGUGAAUUUAAUCGAAUUUUGUGCUUGAGAAAUUUUGCACAACUUCGUCUUGUGGCUGAUGAAUAUCAGAAAAUAAGAGGUCACUCAUUGGAAGAUGACAUUAAGAAGGAAUUUAGUGGUGAUGUCGAACAAGGAAUGGUUUCAGUCUUGAGAUGUGCAAUAAACCGUCCAUUAUUCUUUGCAAAAUGCUUACAUAAUUCAGUUGCUGGUUUUGGAACCAAUGAUCGAGAUUUGAUUCGUUUAUGCGUUACGAGAAGUGAAAUCGACAUGAUGGACAUUAAAGAAGAGUACCAAAGAAAAUAUAAAGAGUCGUUGAGAGAUGCAAUUAAAGGCGAUACAGGCGGUCAUUAUAAACAUGCACUAUACGUCUUGAUUGGAGAGAAUAAAAGUUAAACUGGAGAAUAUUUCGCUGUUUUACAUAAUACAUGUAUUAAGGAACAACACGUUCACCAAGUUGCCAAUGUUUUUUUAGCUUUCUUAUGUACUAUCUACGCAUUUUUGGACUCUUUUUGUAUUUUGAAACCAUAUAUUGAAAGAACUUUUAUUGAAUGUUAUAUUGGAAAUUCUAUAUCUUGUUGUUGACGUCAAAGUGAAUCAUAGUAUUUUGAUAACUAGUUAAGACACGUCACUUGUUGAGCUAAUUAAGUUUACAAAAUUGCUUUUUCAGAAUUGUACUGAAUGACUCAUUUUCUAGCUUGAAUAAUUGAGCGAAUAAAUAAAUUUAUAGUGUUGAUA